UUGUGAGCUGGAACUCGGCGUUAAACUGACUGUCUGGCACGGGCUGCUUGGUCGGUUGGGUUGACGGUAGCCAUGGCUCGACUCGCUGCGCUACUGUUGCUACCGGUUCUUAUUGAGUCGGUGUUUUCCAUUUCUUUCUUUUUACCGGUCAACUCGAGAAAGUGUCUACGGGAGGAGAUCCACAAAGACGUCCUCGUCACGGGGGAGUAUGAACUAUCCGAACAGGCGAACACCAAAACUAAUCUGAAGAUCACAGAUUCGUCCAGCCACACUCUUUACUCCAAGGAAGAUGCAGUUAAGGGGAAGUUUGCAUUCACCACUGAGGACUAUGACAUGUUUGAGGUGUGCUUUGAGAGCAAAUCACCCUUGGGGACUGGAAGAGUGCCUGACCAGCUGGUCGUUCUGGACAUGAAGCAUGGCGUGGAGGCUAAAAACUAUGAAGAGAUUGCCAAGGUGGAGAAGCUGAAGCCCCUUGAGGUUGAGUUGAGGCGACUGGAGGACCUCUCCGAAUCCAUUGUCAAUGAUUUUGCUUACAUGAAGAAGAGGGAAGAGGAGAUGCGAGACACCAAUGAGUCCACCAACACGCGUGUGCUGUACUUCAGCAUAUUCUCCAUGUGCUGUCUCAUCGGGCUGGCCACAUGGCAGGUGUUCUACCUGCGGCGCUUCUUCAAGGCAAAGAAGCUGAUCGAGUAGAACGGGCCUGCUGCGUCCCCCCUCGGGCGCCGCGGCCUGCCGGUCAGCCAACACAUCCCAACAUCCACCCUCAUUGGACUAGCUUCAGCAAACAACACCAAGUGGGGCUCAGGGGCUCAAAUUCUAGUUUUCACAAUUUCGUCCUCUGUGGGGGGGGAAAAAAAGAAGGAAAGAAAAAAAACAAGAUUUACCUGCUUAUUUAGUGGUCUGAAACCAUAAAAGCGCUGUAGGGAGAAAUGCUCUGUGGAACAUGGGAGGUGUAUGUCACUGCUCGGUGGGGUAUCUCCUUUUCAUGCUACUUCACUUUUCUGUCUGCACUGUUUGAAUGUUAUUCAGCUCACUGAAGAAGACGCAAUGUUUGAUUUUUGAGCUCGAUUUGAAUGGAUGUCCCAUGAGCGAAUGUCUUUUUGCCCUUCUGUUAAUAUGCACAUUAUUCGCCAUGCCAACCAAAACUAAAUCCGUGGAGCCCUUUUUAUCGAGUGAAGGCUAUUUGAAAAAGUAGUUAGUCGUUACUUGGAGAAAUUUAGCAACCACUGGACUUCUGUGUUAUGUCACCUAAUUUGCAUACAUGUUUGGUAGCUAAAUUUAACCGUGUCUUUAGUUUGUUUUCAUAUUGUAAAUGCUACUUAGUUGCUUCUACAAGUAUAUUUUUUUUUGGGGGGGGGGGUAGAAUGUGAGUGUCAAAAUAAUAAUCUCCUUACGUAGUUAUAAGGUCACUUUUGGAAACAUGUCACAAAUCUGAAUCGGCCUGACACCAAGAACAUGGGCUGAAGGAAGGAGUUUGCAGCAUUAUAUUGUCAGUAAUUCAACCAACCUGUCUUCUCUUGUACAAUUUACAUUUACUUGCGAGGUUUUGAAAGGAACUCCUACCAGCCACUUGCUGAAAUAUCCUUUAUCUGCCAUCUGGUAAAUUUGAGCACCCAAAUGUCAUUUCUCCAAGUACACUUCUGAUCCAUCCACAGCGCUUCUUUUUUUCUUUAGAUAAACUUAUGAGGUCUGGGUUACAUGAGGAUGUGGGCGGUUGCAACUAUUUAGAUUGUUUUUGACUGGGAUUAAUUGAGGCAUCUGUCGUGGGUACAUUUUUAACUAUGAGCAUGCGCGUUGUGCGCAAUCAAUGAUUUUUAUGUUGACUGAUAAAUUUUGUAAAUUUGUGUUGGGCUUUUAUUCAAUAAAAUAUUGAAUGGA